ACCCUCUGAGCAUGGCAUUGUGUAAAGCAUGCACGGUUGGAUGGAUGUACGGAUGGAUGUAAUGUAUACAGUUGCUCUGGUUCUUUCCAGCGAGGAGCGAUGAUUCUUGUAUGGAUGAGAAGCCGGGCAUAAAUGACGGAGUGAUAAGCUGGAAGGAGAUGGUCUCGGCUGAGUCAAGUGUGGACGGUUUGGUGGCGCAACCAGCCAAUCGAGUGCUCGGAUUUCAGCGUGUAGCGUGGACACGUACAGAGCGGCCGAGCAAGUACAUGUGUACUGUACACGAACAUCAGGCCCAUGCACAUCUGCGUGGCCAAAGGUGUCUGGGGGUUGGCCGGCGGCACGUGCAAGCGGUGCACAGUUCAUACAGGGUUCCACGACUUUCAUGGACGCGUGCUUCUUGCUUGCCAGAAAGAGAAAGGAUUCAUGCGAAACACAUAUACACGCACAUACCAGUGGCAGGGUCAGACCCCUCGUAUCCACCUGCUGAACUCUACUGCAUAGGCGGGAAGCUUGGACGAAAUGGGCGCACGCUUAUUGCUGCUUUUGCUGUUGCUGUUGUCGUUGUUGUUGGUGCUGUUGUUGUUGUUGUUGUCCAGCUGAUGGCCUGCGCGUUCCCUGGUGUGUCCGAUCUUCCCGGAGUGAGACAAUCUUGUUCUCAAGAGUUCUAUUCUUUUCGGGUAUGUCACCGUUUUGAAACUCGACGCAUGAACGUAACAAGCAUUGAAAAGCGCAGAGCGGGAACUGUAAAGAUCAGAAAAAUCGCUGGAUCUCCUCGCGUCGCGGAUCAUGCAGCGUUGCGCUGUUUGUGUAGCCCCUGAACUAGAGGCAAUCAUAACACACAAAUGCGCACAUAUACCCGCUGGUUGGGAGAUGGGCAUGAAUUUCAGAACCCCAGAAGAAUCAAAGAACAAAAAGAACAAAAGCAGGG